AUAGCAUGAACAAAAACCAGACACUCAAAUAACUAAACUAUAUGAGACAUCUUUCUUAGUCAACUAGUGCGCAUAUUUCUUUGUCUAAAAAAAUAAAAGUAAAUUCCAUUCAAACGCAGCCACUAAUUUAUUAUUAUAUUAUUUUUUUUUGGUGUUUUUGCCUCAACAACUCUUGACAUUAAUUAUUAGCAAUUAAAAUAUUACUUUUAAUCUCCAGUUAGAAUGGUUUUAUGCUAAACAUUUGGUUUGACGCUCCAUUCUCAUUGUCUUGUUUCUUGUUCAUCAGCUUUGUGAGGCCACAAUUUCUUUCAUGUCUUCCAUUUUUGCCCCCCGUUACUCUGUUCAAAUUCCCAUAUUUGAGAUCAAUGAGGCCGGCGAAGGCGGGUUUACAUUGCCUGAGCCUACGGAAAAUAGUAGAGCAGCAUAUAGAAGAAUCUAUGAAGUGUUCUUGAGCUUCAGAGGGGAGGACUCACGUGCUUCUUUCACUUCACAUCUCUAUGCCUCUCUUCAGAAUGCGGGAAUCAAUGUUUUCAAGGAUGAUGAGUCACUUCCAAGGGGACAUCGCAUUUCAAACUCACUGCUGCGAGCAAUUGAGCAGUCUGAAAUUUGUGUUGUUGUUUUCUCAACAAAUUAUGGAGGGUCUCGAUGGUGUAUGGAUGAGUUAGAGAAAAUAAUGGAGUGUCACAGAACCAUAGGGCUGGUUGUUUUGCCAGUGUUCUAUGAUGUUGAUCCCUCUGAAGUGCGCCAUCAAAAAGGCGAGUUUGGAAAAGAAUUGGAAAAACUUGAGAACAGGAUUUUAAAAAGUGAUGACAAAUUCAUAUUUCAAUGGGAGAAAGAGAAUCUGCGGCUUAACAACCUUCGUCGGAGGGAGGCACUUCGUGAGGCUGCGGGCAUAUCAGGGGUAGUAGUCCUCAAUUCCAGGAAUGAAAAUGAGUCUAUCAAAAACAUUGUUGAAAAUGUGACACAAUUGUUAGAUAAGACAGAGUUGUUUGUUGCUGAUAAUCCGGUGGGAGUAGAACCUCGAGUGCAAGAAAUUGUUCAAUUGCUAGACCAAAAACCAUCAAAUGAUGUUUUACUACUGGGGAUGUGGGGGAUGGGAGGCAUCGGUAAAACAACCAUUGCUAAAGCCAUUUACAAUAAGAUUGGCCGCAAUUUUGAGGGAAGGAGCUUCCUUGCAAAUAUCAGGGAAGUUUGGAGGCAAGACGCUGGCCAAGUCAAUUUACAAGAACAACUUCUGUUUGAUAUCAACAAAGAAACAAAAACAAGGAUACGUAAUGUUGAAUCAGGAAAAAAUAUAUUAAAAAAAAUACUUUCCUAUAAAAAGGUACUUCUUGUAUUGGAUGAUGUGAAUGAAUUGGACCAACUGAAUGCUUUAUGUGGAAGUGACAAAUGGUUUGCUCCAGGUAGUAGAAUAAUCAUCACCACUAGAGAUCAAGAUAUACUUAGAGGGAGAGUUGACAUACUAUAUACAAUGAAAGGCAUGGAUGAAGGUGAAUCUAUUGAGCUUUUUAGUUGGCACGCAUUCAAGCAAGCAAGUCCUAGAGAAAAUUUUACCCAACUUUCUAGAAAUGUAAUUAUGUAUUCCGGGGGAUUGCCACUAGCCCUUGAAGUACUUGGGUGUUAUUUGUUUGAUAUGAAGGUAGCAGAGUGGGAGAAUGUAUUGGAGAAACUCAAGAGAAUUCCUAAUCAUCAAAUACAAAAGAAGUUAAAAAUAAGCUAUGAUGGUUUAAAUGAUGAUACUGAAAGAGAUAUAUUUCUCGAUAUAGCUUGUUUCUUUAUUGGCAUGGACCGGAAUGAUGUUGUACAUAUAUUAAAUGGUUGUGGACUUUUUGCAGAAAAUGGAAUACGUGUCCUUGUAGAGCGAAGCCUUGUAAUAAUUGAUAAUAAAAACAAGCUUCAAAUGCAUGAUUUGAUAAGGGACAUGGGAAGGGAAAUCAUUCGUGCAAAUUCCCUAAAGGUUCUUGAGAAGCGUAGCAGGUUAUGGUUUCAUGAGGAUGCACUUGAUGUAUUAUCAAAAGAAACGGGAACAAAAGCUAUUGAGGGACUGGCUCUGAGGUUAUCAACAAAUAAUGCAACAUGUUUGAGCACUAAAGCUUUUAAAAAGAUAGUGAAACUUAGGUUGCUUCAACUUGCUGGUGUACGACUGGAUGGAGAUUUCAAAUAUCUUUCCAAAGAUCUUAGAUGGCUUUGUUGGCAUGGAUUUCCUUUAAAAUACAUACCAACAAACUUUUAUCAAAGAAAUCUUAUUUCAAUCGAGUUACAAAACAGUAAUGUUCAACUUGUGUGGAAAGAAGCUCAGCGGAUGGAGAAACUUAAAAUUCUCAAUCUUAGUCAUUCUCAUUCUUUAACACAGACUCCAGACUUUUCAAAAUUGCCUAGUCUUGAAAAGUUAGAACUCAUAGAUUGUCCAAAAUUGUCUAAGAUUUCUCAUACCAUUGGACAUCUCAAUCGAAUUCUUCGAAUAAAUUUGCAAGAUUGUAUUAGUCUUCAUAACCUUCCAAGGAGUAUUUAUAAAUUGAAAACCCUUAAAACACUCAUUCUUUCAGGAUGUUCAAAGAUUGACAAGUUGGAAGAAGACUUGGAACAAAUGGAGUCUUUGACAAUCCUUGUUGCGGAUAAGACUGCAAUAAAAAGAAUGCCUUUUUCAAUUGUAAGGUCAAAAAGCAUUGGGUAUAUUUCUUUGUGUGGUUAUGAAGGAUUCUCACGUGAUGUGUUUCCUUCUAUCAUUUGGUCUUGGAUGUCACCAACCAAUAGUCUCUCAUCCUGCAUUCAAACAUCUGUAGGAAUGUCAUCUCUUGUUUCUUUAGAUGUGACAAAUAGCAGUUCUCAUCAUCUAUCAUAUAUUUUAGAGGACCUUCCAAAGCUUGAAAGUCUUUGCAUAGAGUGUGACUCAAAACUUCAACUAACUCGAGAAGCAAAAAAUAUUAUAGAUGCCUUAUAUGCCACAAAUUCUGAGGAUUUAGAAUCAACUACAACUACCUCAGAAAUGUCAAAUAUUGAUGCUUCUACAUUAAUCAAAUGCAACAAACAUGCGCACACUUCAGGGUCACAAAAAUUGGUGGGAUGUCAUUUAAUUCAGAUGGGAAUAAGUUGCCAAGUCACCGAUAUUCUGAGACAAAGCAUUUUGCAGAAUAAAAAUACCAGUGAUUGCAGUUAUGUGCUUCCCGAUGAUAAUUAUCCAGAAUGGUUAACUUUUGACUGUCAAGGUUCUUCCGUGAUUUUUAAAGUCCCUCAAGUAAAUGGGCGUAACUUGAAGACAAUGAUAUGUCAUGUUCAUUAUUCUUCACCAAACGAUAUGAAAUCAACGGGCUUGAAAAACUUACUGUUGAUAAAUCACACAAAGACCACCAUUCAAGUUUACAAGAGAGAUGCAUUACUCUUCUGUGACAAUGAGAAGUGGCAAAAAGUGCUAUCAAAUAUAGAUCCUGGAAACGAAGUGGAAAUUGUUGUUGUGUAUGAGAGAAAAUUAAUUGUGAAAAAGUCAACAGUUUAUCUCAUAUACGAAGCAAUAACUGAAUUAAUGGAGCACUACCAAACAUCAAAUAAGAAUGAAAUUGUUUCUAGUGAUAAUGAAAAUGUAUAUGUUGUGAGGACGACCUCUCCUGAAGUGUGCACUCAAUUUGGUCAUGGUGGCCAUGGUAAACGAGCUAGGUUGCUUUGGCCGAAGAGGUGGCCAUGGUGUUCAUACUUCAUAGCAAUGUUCAAUGUCAAGUAUGUAAUAAAUUUGGUCACAUUGCUACUGUCACGAGUGCAGAAGAAAUGACUGAUGAAAUGCAUGGGAAUACUGUUACGGGAGUGGGACACGUGGAUGGUAAUGCUGAAAUCAUGGUGAACCGAAAAAGUCAGAGGAAAAGAGUAACUAACUCAGCGCUCAAGGAUUACGUUUGGGAGUUAAAGUAAAUAUAAAAGAAGAAAACAAAAGUAAUAAGGGGUGUGGAAUUUAUGAUUUGUCUUUCUCCUCCUCUGGCCGUCUCUGGGAUUUCUUCAUUCUCUGUUAUGCUAUUUCCAUUUGUUUCUCUAUUCUGAUAUAUGUCUUAGAGUUUUUUCAUACUUUAUUGUAAGAAACCCAUACUCAAUACAUAAUACAAUACAGGACAUUGUUAUUCAUUAUUUAUUGGGAACGUUACUGUUACA